AUGCCGUCCGUCAUCGGCAAGGCUGGACCUCCUGCGGACCUUCGCCGCUUCAUGGAGAAGCGCUUGGAUGUUCACCUCAGCGGGGGCCGGCGUGUCGUCGGCGUGAUGCGGGGGUACGAUACUUUCAUGAAUGUUGUUUUGGACAACGCGCUGGAGCUGAGGGGAAGGCCUGGCUCCAAACAGGUGGAAAGGAACGAGCUGGGAAUGGUAGUCAUUCGUGGAAACUCAAUUUUAGACUGGGAAUGCCUUGACAAAGUGCGGCCGUAG